CCUCCCCCGGCGGUGAUUUACAGAUUGACCCGGAUGUUGUUUCCGUGUGGCCGGUGAUGGAGCAGUGCGGGUGAGGUCGGUGGGGCGAAUGUUCGAACUGCUGUACCUUGAAAUAUUUCACUGAAAAUCUAUAACUGAAGAGUGAUCAUGUCUCGAACACGGCAACCCCCACUGGUAACUGGGAUCUCUCCAAAUGAGGGGUAUCCCUGGACAAAAGUUACAAUCAGAGGAGAAAAUCUGGGAACAGGAUCCGUGGAUCUUAUAGGUCUAACAAUCUGUGGGCACAACUGUUUGCUGACUUCAGAAUGGAUAUCUGCAAGUAAAAUAGUUUGUCGAGUUGGACCAGCAAAAGAUGACAAGGGAGACAUCAUAGUAACCACUAAAUCAGGUGGCAAAGGAACUUCAACAGUUUCUUUUAAACUGAUGAAGCAAGAGAAAAUAGGUAUUCUGGAACAGUCAGCUGUCUGGGUUGAAGAAAUGAACUAUUAUGAUAUGCGCACUGAUAGGAAUAAAGGCAUUUCUCCCUUAUCUCUGCGCCCAGCAAACCCUCUUGGUAUAGAUAUAGACAAAGGCAGAAUUCCUCAGAAGGACCUGGAAGGAUUGUUUCAGGGUAUGAGCGGUGAUUUUACUAGUGAAAAGUUUUCUGCCACCUGGUAUCUGAUAGAAAAUCACUCUGCUACGAGCUUUGAUCAACUGAAAGUUGCUGCAAAUUAUUUAAGGAAGCAAGCAAACAAGAAGAAUGAGGGGAGCUUAGCCUAUGUGAAAGGAGGCCUCAGUACAUUCUUUGAGGCUCAGGAUGCACUGUCAGCAAUUCAUCAAAAACUGGAAGUGGAUGGGACGGAAAAAGUGGAAGGAUCUAUGACGCAGAGACUGGAGAAUGUUCUCAAUAGAGCAAGUAACACAGCUGAUACACUGUUCCAAGAAGUUUUGGGGCGGAAGGACAAAGCAGAUUCCACAAGAAAUGCCCUAAAUGUUCUUCAGCGUUUUAAAUUUCUCUUUAAUCUCCCUCUUAAUAUUGAAAGAAACAUUCAAAAGGGUGAUUAUGAUGUAGUUAUAAACGACUAUGAAAAGGCUAAGUCACUAUUUGGAAAAACAGAGGUUCGUGUGUUCCAAAAAGUAUAUGCUGAAGUUGAGACACGUAUUGAUUCACUGAGGCUACUUCUGAUGAACAAAUUACUCGAGAUGCCAUCAACUUUGCAUGAUCAGAAAAGAUAUAUAAGAUAUCUAUCUGAUCUCCAUGCACCAGGUGAGCCUGCCUGGCAGUGUAUCAUGGCUCAACACAAAUGGAUUCUACAACUGAUGCAGAACUGCAGGGAGAAGUAUGUCAAAGGACAAAAAGGUUCAACCAUGCUCCUUGGCCCAAUGUUGGAUUUGGACAGUGACGUGCGACCUUCUCCAAUCAGUCGCUUAACUCAAACUGGUUCAGUGAAAAGGGCCAGCAGUUUCCAGUCUUCUCGGGAUGACUCUUGGCGUUUUAAAGCCCCUCAGCCUGUCACCUUUGUUGACAAUCUGACAGAAAUUGUUAUAAGCCAACUGCCAAAUUUCUGGAAACUUUGGAUAUCCUAUGUGAAUGGCAGCCUUUUCAGUGAGACAGGUGAAAAAUCAGGUUCAGUUGAGAAAUUUAAGAAAAAUGCAAGAUCACGACAAAAUGACUUCAAGAAAAUGAUUCAAGAGAUCAUAAAUUCACUUGUGAAACUUAUUCGAGGAGCUCUUCUUCCAUCCAGCCUAUCUGACAUUGAGCUCAGGCAACAUGGAGGAUGGGAAUCAAAAAUGGAACUUUCAGGCCAGUGGUUAACCCACAUUAUUCAUACUAUGAGAAUUAACUAUGAGUCUUUGACAGCACUGGAAAUACCAAAUGAUCUCCUGCAAGCAAUCCAGGAGCUAAUUUUAGAUUUACGAGUGCAUUGUUUGAUCAUUACAUUGCAGCAGACAGCCGAUGAUGUAAAGAGGCUUGCAGAAAAAGAAGACUGGAUUGUUGACAAUGAAGGAACUACCUCUUUGCCUGCUCAAUUUGAACAUCAUGUUGUGCAAACUCUACAAAGUCUCAACGAAACCAUAGACUGCAAACCUGGAGAAACCAAUAUAUUUCAACAUGAGAAGAGCCAACAACACGUGCAUGAACUCUCCAUUAACAUUAUGAAGGUUAGCAUUGAUGCAGUAAAGAACUUGGACCAGCAUCUAUUUGAAACAUAUAUUGAACUAAAAGCAGAUCCAAUUGUGGGCUCUCUAGAACCUGGGAUUUAUGCUGGAUAUUUUGAUUGGAAGGAUUGUCUUGCACCAACAGGUGUCAGAACUUACUUAAAGGAAGCUUUAGUUAACAUUAUUGCUGUACAUGCAGAGGUGUUCACAAUUUCUAAGGAACUUGUCCCAAGGGUUCUUUCACGAAUUAUCGAAGCUGUUACUGAAGAAAUGAGCCGACUAAUGCAAUGUGUGUCAUCCUUCAGCCGAAAUGGAGCAUUGCAGGCCAGACUGGAAAUUUGUGCUCUUAAAGAUGCUGUUGCCUCAUUCCUGACACCUGAAAGCAAUUAUAGCUUCAAACAAGCCCUUGAAGCACUGCCCCAGCUUUCCAAUGGAGCAGAUAAAAAGUUACUCGAAGAGCUCCUCAACAAAUUCAAGAGCGGCAUGCACUUACAGCUUACCUGUUUUCGACCUUCAACACGAAGUGUGGUCAAGACCUGAUGGUGAAAAGGCGUUGUAGUUAUGCGGAUUACUUGUACUGCAUAACAAAAUUUAGCUCUCUUUUAAAAAUGGUUCUACCUUCUAUGUUUCUCCCAACCAACAUAAAUUCAUUCUUAAAAACACUGAAGUAAAAUUCUAAAAAGCUUCUUACUUAACAGUAUAUCAAUAGUUUCAUUGAUAUUUAUCAAGUAUGCUUUAAAAAUGUAAUCUGCAACUCCUGGUAGUUUAGUGACAGAGUUCUGGAUCUGGCAGUGCAUAGUUUUGCAAGUUACAAACAUGAAAAAAAGAAGUUAGAAGAAGGCAUUCAAAAGGCAGUGAUGAGUUCAGAUCCAAAAGAGAAUGCUGCCAAGCUUGCUUUUCAGUGUUUCCCAUAUGUUAUUUUUAGGCCUCUUAGAAGAUUUGAUGCAUUUAAACUCACAGUAUUUGUGCAAUGUUUUGCCAUCAUUAAGUUUAAAUUGCAAGAAUUGUGAACAUUGUCAGAUAUGCAACACUUUAAUUUCAUAAAAGCCACUUCAUUUGAGAGCGUUUUCUGCUAAUUUUCAUGUGUUUAACAAACUUAAUGUAUUUCAAAACAUCUGCUCAUCAAAAAUGAAAUAAAUUCAAUACAAUGUU